ACCUUGCGCGGGAACGGAAACAAAGUUGAACAUGUCUCGUUCUGACUCUGGGUCUAAAUAUGUGUAGUAUAACUCUUGAUAAACACGCUAUUUGGACAUAAUUACUAAGACUGACAUUAGGAACUUGUAUAGAACAUAGAUCAGCAGUCCUGUAGAUGCUAUAAUGGAUGCAGAGUCAGAUGGAGGGGAUGUGGAGAGUGUGUUCUCCUCCACAACCUGGACCAGUGGGGGGAUGCUGGAGGGGGAAGAGGAGGAGGAGGAUGGACCUCCCUUCCAGACUCUCACAUCUGGGGAGAGUCCAGUGGAGACAGAAGCCAACAAGGGCCUACAGUUUGUGAGUAAAGGAAACUCCCACCAGCCCAUCCAUGUGCCCCUGGUGCACCUGCUGCGCCGCGCCCUGCUGCAGCACAACUGGCACCAGGCAGCACACGUCAUGGCGGCACUCUGCAACGAGUACAGCAACGUGGGGCACAUCAUCUGGCAGGUUGGAUCAGAAGUCUUGUACAACCACCCUGGGACAGAGUCUACUCACCUACAGUCACAUGCAGAUAAUAUGGAACGAGUGGUGACCUUGAACCGGUUCCAAGUUCACCUGGAGUUCAUCUUCCACCUGCUGAGUAAGGGACACCUGGAAGAAGCCUAUGAAACAAUCAAGUCAGGGCCACUGAGGAAGAAAAGGGCCCUAUUUUUCACCAAGGCUACUCCUCCCAUCUGGGUGCCUGUUGUUAAAGCCUACACUGGACUGAUAGAGUACGGGCUGUGGCUGCAGGGGAGACACAGAGUCAGCCAGCUACAGGACGUUAGUGGUCUCACGGGAGGGUACGACACACAGGAGUCUGUGAUGCUGGACUCCACCCUCACCACAUGUGAGGAGACUGUCCAGCGGUACGCAGGCAAGGCUGAGGACAACUUUGAAGACGUCCUGAAGGAGCCUGGAGUCUGGGACAUCUUUGUGACAAAACAAGUGGAGAUGCUGGAAUAUUACGGCAGGACAGAAGAGGCAGGGAAGGUCCUACAGAGGUACUGGGAGAAGAACCCAGACAACCCAAAUGCACACAAAUAUUACUACUUCUUCCUGAAGAAACACAACAGUCCUGAGGAAGAGAAAGUCAGAGUGCUUAAGGAACUGCAGAAAAUAGUGCCAUCGGAUGAGCUGAUGUUGGACCUUUUCUGUUUGAAGCAAGAAGAUGACGUAGAAGAGUGUCUGUGUCUGCUGUUUGACCUUCUGGACCACCACUGCUGGAGGCAGGACAUCAGGCCUUGGCAGAAUCUGGCAGAUAUUCUCAGGAAGAUUCACACAAUACAAAGUCCUUCCCUGCUGGACAGAGUGAAGCAGUGUUGGGACAUCAGACAGGACUGGUGGCCUCCGUACCAUUUCCCUCCCUCCUCAGCUAACCACAUGGUCCAGACACACCCCGCCCUGGCCUGUGUCAAAGCUGUCGUCUGCAGCAUCUUGUCAGCUGACAGAGGAUUUUCCAAAGCUGUAUCCAACCUUCUGCAGCCAAAUCAUAGGUCUGUUUUGGAAGAGGCUGCUCAAAUCGGUGAUGCCUGGAGGAGAUUCCUAGGCGGCAGGAGAAGUAGUAGCAGCAGUACCACCAGCAGUACCUCCAAUGGACACAGGGAAAGACAUAACACAAGCAGUAGUGGUAGUAAUAGUGUCAGCACUGGUGGUAGUACUCCUGCAAACAGGAGAAGUAGCAUUAAUAGCAGCAGGAGUAGUAAAAGUAGAAGUUCAAACAGUAGCAACAGCAGUAAUGUAAGUAAUAGUAGUGGUAGUAGAAAUAAUAGUAGCAGUGAUAAAAGUAAUAGUAGUAGCAGCUACAUCAGUGAUGUGAGCAAUAUUACAGACAACUGUAGCAUGGAGGAGAAAGCAGUGUAGCUGUUAUGUUACUUGCAACCCUACUUAAUAGCACUGGUGAUCAGCACUGUACCUAGCUUGAAAUUUUAAGCUGACGAAAAUACACUUUCAUCAACUUCCUGUCAUUCAGUUAACAUUUUUUUUGGACAGAUGGGGUGAAAUUUUUGUGUGUCCUUACGAGCAAAUUUCUGUCCAGGGAUGGAUGGACAGUAC